GCAGCAGCAGCAGCAGCAGCAGCAGCAACGACUCAGUCCACUCAGUUCACGCAAGGAACGAGCAUGACUGGGAAAGCUCCACUGCGGACAUCCGCAUCUCUAUCGCGGAUCAAUCCAUCGCAAGUCCAGGGCAAUUCGUGGCAUAGCACGCAAGGUAUGCAGCCGCCGACAAGGACCAACCAGUGGAAGAAUCCCGCCGUGCCAAGUUCAAGUUCUCACGCAGCCACCCAGUCGGCAACAACAUCCCAAACUCAAAGCAGCAGCUUGUCAUCGAUGCCAGGAGGUCAGACGUCGCCGCCGCCGCCGCAUGGUUUGCCAAUCGCGACGCCUGCACAACCAGCAUCCCAACCAGCGCGAGCAACAACCAAUUUCACGAGCAAACCUACCGCAAAUGACCCAAACGCUCCUCGAUCCAAUCAAUGGAUACGAUCCUCGACAGGUCAAGCACCUACGAAGCAACCCGACGCUGCUCCAGCGACUGCCGUCAGUCGAAUGUCGAACGUCUAUAUCAAUCCGACUAUUGCGGCGAGCAAUCCUCCAGGGGCGACUGCUCAUCAACCUCGUCCAGCUCGACCACCCUCGGUCCAAUCCACCAUCAGCCUGAAAUCUGCUCCGUAUGCUCGCGGUACACGGACGAAGGGAUUGGCGCGUGGUCGCUCGUUCCGCUCUCAAAACGCUGCAGCGCUUCCUGCAGAGGAAAAGGUGACCAUUCUCGGCAUCCCAUACCUGAAAACCAAUCGAGGUGGCAGCAGCCGUCGGGCCAAACCUGGAAACAUGACACUCGUUCGUGACAUGGCAGUGAUGAAGCGAGCGACAUCGACCUCCAAUGAUCCUGGUCAUUCGACUCGGACGGCAUCCACCCGAUCGGGUCCUCGAGCGCGCCAAUCGUCAAGAUCGCAUUUACACGGGUCCCAACCGCCCAAGGAGAACUGCACCUAUUUCAUGAAAUAUGGGAAAUGCCAGCGCGGACUCGCAUGCCCUUUUGUGCACGAUAAGGCGACGGUCGCCAUCUGCAAGCCGUUUCUGCACGGUACGUGUCCGGCCACGGACGGGUCAUGUCUGCUGUCUCAUCGCCUGUCUCGAGCGAAAAUGCCGGUGUGCUCCUUUUUCCUGCAAGGCCGGUGCUCCAACGACGCCUGUCCGUACUCACAUGUCAAUGUCGCUCCUGACGCGCCUGUUUGCGAGAACUUUGUCAAGGGCCAUUGUCCUGACGGCGAGCUUUGCAAAAAGAAGCACACGUUUGUGUGCGAGGACUUUCGAAGAACUGGCGCUUGUCCUCGCGGGACAAAGUGCAAUCUUCAGCACCGAACCGCAAAGCGACGUGCACAGCCGAAGCAUGAAACGGGUGCCAACGACAACGAGGAGGCACCCACAACCAACCAUCCGACCACAACGACAAGCGCAACUACCGAGACUGAGGCUGAGCCCGGGUCCGAGUCCGAGUCCGAUUCUGACGUCGAGGACGAAAGCUAUGUGGACGACGAGCGUCUCAAGGAUGCAGAAGACUAUUUACAGCUGGAAAUCGACAGUGGUCACGGAUUUUCUGCCGCCCAAGACGAUGACUUGGAGGCUGAUGGUUCCAGUUCGGAAUUUUACGAUGAGACGAGUGAUGGCGAUGCACCGAGCAGCGACGGUGAUUCAGACUUUGACGAUGAUGAUGCUGAAGUAGAUGAGGAGGAGUAUGAGGAGGAGCAGAACGAGGAAGAAGGAGCGAGUGACAAAGGCGCAGAUGAUGAUCUCGGUCGGGUUGACAACCCUGCGGCAGCAACAAGUAUUGCAAUCUUGUCCAGCCACGGCCCACCAGACCUCCCAAGACUUUCAGAGAAACGAGCGCUCGUCGCGCAGCCUGAAAUCAUUCGCUUGCACUCUGAUCUCGAGUCGACGUCAUCUUCCGAUACAGCGGCUGUGAAACGGUCACGAUGGGAGUCAUCCACCCUUUCAGCUGAUGCCAUUCGUCCCCGAUUCCUCCAGGCCAAGAAACAGUGAGGCAAGCACAAGAUAGAAUCGAAACAAAGCAGCACAGCGGCGGGAAAUGCAAACAUUGUCAAUGAAUCGAAUCUUGUUAAAACAAUAAAAGCUGAAUACACAAUGGAA